AUGCAGUCUUUUUUAGACAUGGACGUGAGACUAUUGCUGCCUAUAAUUACACUUGGAAAUGUACUCAAUACACUAUUUAAUUUACAACUACAAGGUAUUGAACCAAAAAUCGAAAAACUUUUAGUACCUGCUGUAAUAGGAUCUUUUGGUGGUCCACUAAUCGGUAAUUUGAUUUACAAACAAUUCGUUUUUUCUACAGAUUUACUUAUCAUUUUUUUUAUGUCCUUGCUGGUGUUUCCCAUUGUGUGCAAGUCUGCAUACAUAAAAAAAUUCGUAAAAAUUUUUCCAAUGAUUGGUACAUCAUUAUUUUACGUAGGACUAAAAAACAAUAAGCAAGAUUUAACAAGUAUUAUAGCCUAUUUGGUUAUUUCAGAUGUAUUUUCUAAAUUAUUUUUAAAGAUAUUAACUAACAAGAAUAUAGAUUAUGAUAUUGAAGAUGUAAAACAAUUAAGUAUAAAUAUCGCUAUUAUAUGCGUAUUUAAAUAUUUUGAAAUCACAGAUUUAAUUGCUUUCAUUAUAGUGUUUUGUAAUGCACUUAGACCUCAAAUCAAAUUUAACAACAAGAUUAUAAAAAAAAAUAAAGCGAAAUUUAAAAAUAUAAAAGAUGUACCUUUAACUUAUAGUCCUGAUAAGAAAAAAAGGCCUGUGCGAAGAACUAGUAUUGUCAGUUUAGCUUAA